CGUGUACGAGUCUCUGGGGGUGGUGCUGAAAGAACAGCUCCUCUAAACACGACUUCUUUUAAUAGCGGUCCUUGUGGCAGAUUUUCAGAAGACCUUCAGCUGGAUUCUUGCUGCUAAGGGGUUACAAGGGAGCUAUGACAAGCCGUGAAUCAGGAAAGUUCCCAUGCCGGACCGGAGCUUUGAAAACUGAGGGAUAUUUUGAGGCGAUUAUGAGAAAAUGAAGAGACAAAACGUGCGGACACUCGCCUUAAUUAUCUGCACUUUGUCCUAUUUACUCAUUGGAGCGGGAGUCUUCGACGCUCUCGAGUCAAAGCAAGAGAAAAGCCAGAAGGGCAUACUCGACUAUCGAAAAUUUCUACUUAUGCAUAAAUACAAUCUCACCAGGCUUGACUUUGAACAGAUUGAAAAGGUCGUGUUGCUUCUGAAGCCUCACAAAGCUGGAGUACAGUGGAAGUUCGCCGGGUCUUUUUAUUUCGCCAUCACUGUGAUAACGACCAUAGGUUAUGGCCAUGCCGCCCCGAGUACGGAUGCUGGGAAAGCAUUCUGCAUGGGAUACGCACUUCUGGGCAUCCCCCUCACCCUGGUGAUGUUCCAGAGCCUGGGCGAACGUAUCAACACCUUCGUCCGCUUCCUGUUGCACAAAGCCAAGAAAUGCAUGAGCCUGCGGCGGCCGGAAGUCUCCAUGGCCAACAUGGUGAUCAUCGGCUUCUUUUCCUGCAUCAGCACCUUGUGCAUAGGAGCAGCUGCCUUCUCCCACUACGAAGGCUGGACCUUUUUCCAUGCCUUCUACUACUGUUUCAUAACCCUCACCACCAUCGGAUUCGGGGACUACGUCGCCCUACAGAAGGACAACGCUCUCCAGAACGACCCUCAUUACGUGGCCUUUAGUUUUGUCUAUAUCCUGAUGGGCCUCACGGUAAUUGGUGCUUUCCUCAAUCUAGUGGUGCUACGGUUCAUGACGAUGAACACCGAGGACGAGAGAAGAGACGCAGAGCAGAAGGUGCUGCUCUCCAAAGAUAAACCAAAAGGUCUGGUUUCACGGCGUCCGGAGCCUCCGAGCCCAGCCGCCGUUAGGCGAGAUAAAAGGAGAGGGCUGAAGAGCGUCUACGCUGAGGUGCUCCACUUCCAGACGGUGUGCUCUUGCCUGUGGUACAAAAGCCGUGAGAAGUUGGUGAUCCUCCCACAGGAUCUGUCCUUUACCGAUGCGCUAAUGGAGCAAGGAGACGUAUCGCCCCACCACUUCUUCGAACCCGGCUCCACAGGCUGUGUGUGUAACCCUCAACGCUGCUCAGCCAUUAACACUGUGUCUGCUGACCUGAGAAACAUCUCACCUUUCAGGUUCUUCUCCAAGAGACGUAGAUCUGUCUGAAUCACCUCACUUUCUUAUACAGUCACUGUAGAUCAUUAAUGAGUUACAUGAGUUAUUUUCAUAGCAUUCACAUGAAGAGUCUUGAACGGGCCGCACAAGAUUGAAGUGGACUGAUGAAAGAGUCUUUUUGCACCAGCACAUCUAUAUUCAUUCAACACUUGGAUGGCUCUUUUGAGAAUUCAAAUGAUCCUCUACUUCAAAUAGUUAAUUUGCACCCUGAUAGGGUGGAGUAAUUUAACAGUUCUUUACUAAAUAUGACCAAAUAGUCUGAUCUGCAGCGUUAUUUCAUCUUGUUCAGAGGUGUGAAUUUGUCAUUAUUCAUUCCUUUUAGGCUUUGCAUUGCAGGUUUCUGUGUUAUUCAGAAUUGGACUAAUAAUGCCUUUUUAAAUUUCAAUUCUUGAAUUUGAGUUGAAUUUUGGAAUUGAGAUAGCAAACAGAAUGCAGAAUUGCAAUUUGAACUUGAUUGAGGACGUAGGCUAAAUGAAUUAAAUUCAAAUAAAUUAGCAUUGAUUUAUAACAGGGAAACAGACCUAAAAGCAUUAAAAGCAUCAAUAGUUUUCACAGUGUUGCGAUGUUGAGAAAACCACAUCUGACACUCUUUAUUAAGUAUUCUAUGAUCUGAUAUUUUUGCCAGAUUGCCUCUCCAUUACUGUAAUGAGUCCCCUAUAAUAUACAGUGCUACUGUAACCAGACAAAUGAAACACCUAUCAGGUAUUUGUUGAUCCAGAUGGCAUACCGACAUGACUCCUGCUUUCAGCCCAGCUCUGUACAGUGUGUUAAGAGAAUAAUCUGACCUUUUGAAAUCUCCUGAAGUAUAUUCACAUAGAGUGAUAAAACAGUAUUUUGGACAGGGAGCAGAUGACUUUGUUUUUAUUAACUAGGACAGAGUUGUCUAUGUAACGGUGAUAUCAGACUCAACAUAUCGGCACGGAAAAUUUUAUAGACUCUUGAACCUGAGGUAUUUAGUUACUUUUGAUGUUUAGCACAUAAAAUUCCUUUGAAGACAAAGUGUAAAUAUGACCUUGGUCUGAACUAGAGUUCUAGGAAAAACAGCAGCUAUCGCAUACGGACUCUCCAAGUGCUCUCAGCACUGAUCUGGACAUCAUGUCCUGUGUAUCCUCCAUGAUUCAGAGAGGCCUUGCUGAUCAGGAGUGUGUGCCAUCUUCUCAUCCUGCCAAGGAGAAAGCGCUUUGUGCCCAAGACUUUGCCUACAGCUAUUAAACCUGCAUGACACAGUGACAGAAGGAACGUCAUUACAACAAAUGCCUGUAUUGCACUGCCCCCCGUCCCCCCACGGUGGUUGCAUCUGUUGCUUUUCCUUCUACUUUUUUUAGUUUGGCAUCUACAUCUAUGUAAAAGGUAGAAAAUAUCUUUGGCCAGCAGGUCAGCGGGGGCAGGGCAGAGUGUACAUUUGUUUCUAUUUUUGUCCUUACCAAAGAAAACAGGGCAAAUAUAACUCUUUGCCUGAGUAGAAUAAUGAUAUAGAGAAUAGCAGAUUUAUUUUUGCCCAUGUGAAACUGAUAUGAUCAUGUCAAAUGCUUGUGAAACUAUGGAAAGGGAUGUACUUUCACAGUUUAUAUACUGUAAAGGGUCUAAUAAGAAAUAUGUUCCAAGUUCAAUCAUAAAUCAUUUUUGUAGAAUAUGUAACAUGCUGUCACUUAAUAAAUAGUUUCCGAAAUAAUUCAGGAAAUAAUUUUAAUCCGUCCAACAGUUUGUAAAA